AUGUCUUCUUCCGUUGACCAAAAGGCUAUUGAUACAAUCCGUGUUCUUGCUGCUGAUAUUGUAGCUAAAUCCAACUCUGGUCACCCCGGUGCUCCUAUGGGUUGCGCUCCCAUUGCUCACACUUUAUUCACCAAAUUUCUUAACUGCAACCCCAAGAACCCUUAUUUCAAAAACCGUGACAGAUUUGUUCUUUCCAAUGGUCAUGCUUGUGCCCUUCAAUAUAUUCUCCUUCACCUUUUGGGUUACAAUGUUUCCAUGGACGAUUUGAAGAAUUUCCGUCAAUUAGGAUCCAAGACACCUGGUCAUCCUGAGAGAAUUGAUACUGAAGGUAUUGAAGUUACCACCGGUCCUUUGGGCCAAGGUAUCUCGAAUGCUGUCGGUUUAGCUGCCGCUGAAGCUCACCUCGCAGCUACUUACAACAAAGAAGGUUUCGAGCUCUUCAAUAACUACACUUAUGUUCUCCUCGGUGAUGGCUGUCUUCAAGAAGGUGUUUCUUCUGAAGCCUGUUCCCUUGCUGGCCAUUGGAAGCUAGGCAAACUCAUUUGUUUCUAUGAUGACAACCGCAUCACUAUCGACGGUGAUACUGCAGUUUCAUUCACUGAAGAUGUUUUGAAGCGUUACGAAGCUUACGGUUGGCACAUCUCAUCUGUCGCCGAUGGCGACAGUGAUUUUGCCUCUAUUGAAGAAGCUGUUAAGGCUGCCCAAAAGGUCACUGACAAGCCUUCUAUCAUCAAGGUCAGAACCACUAUUGGUUAUGGUUCCUUGUUGCAAGGUGAAGAAAAGGUACACGGUGCACCUCUUAAAGCCGAUGACAUCAAACAAUUGAAGGAAAAGUUCGGCUUUGAUACGGAGAAGUCUUUCGUCGUUUCUGAUGAGGUUUAUGAUCUUUACAAAAAACGUGCUGAACAUGGCGCCCAAGUCGAAGACGAAUGGAAUAAAAUGUUCGAACAAUACAAAUCUAAAUACCCUAAGGAAGCUGAAGAAAUUGAGCGUCGUUUCGCCAAUAAGUUGCCUGAAAACUGGGACAAGGUUCUUCCUCGUUUCACUCCCUCCGACCCUGCUGUUGCCACUCGUAAGUUGUCUGAAGGUGUAUUAUCUGCUAUGCAAGGUGCUCUUCCUGAACUUUUGGGUGGUUCUGCUGAUUUAACUGGUUCCAACUUGACCCGUUGGAAGGAAGCCGUUGAUUUCCAACAUCCUUCCACCCAACUUGGUGAUUACAGUGGUCGCUACUUCCGUUAUGGUGUUCGUGAACACGCUAUGUUCUCUAUCAUGAACGGUAUGUCUGCUUAUGGUGGUAUUGUUCCCUACGGUGGUACUUUCUUGAACUUCUUGACUUACGGUUGGGGUGCUGCUCGUCUUUCAGCUUUGGGACACAUGCGUGUCAUCUAUGUUAUGACUCAUGAUUCCAUCGGUCUUGGUGAAGAUGGUCCUACUCACCAACCUAUUGAAACUUUAGCCUUGACUCGUGCCACACCUAAUAUGCUUACCUUCCGUCCUGCUGACGGUAACGAAACCUCUGGUACUUAUUGGGCUGCCAUGGUUAACACCACACGUCCUUCCAUCAUCGCUCUUUCUCGUCAAAACUUGCCUCAACUUGAUGGCUCCUCUCCCGAAGCCGUUCUUAAGGGUGCUUAUGUUCUUUCUGCUGAUAAGAACCCUCAAGUUGUCCUUGUUGCUACUGGUUCCGAAGUCUCUCUUGCUGUUGAAGCUGGUAAGGCCUUGGCCAACAAGAAUAUUGCUGUUCAAAUCGUCUCCAUGCCUUGUUCCGAACUCUUUGAUGAACAACCUGCUGAAUACAAGUUGCAAAUCUUCCCUCUUGGUGUUCCUGUCAUCUCUAUUGAAGCUCUCGGUACCUUCGGUUGGGAACGUUACUCUCAUGCUCAAGUUGGUAUGCGUACUUUCGGUGCCUCUGGCAAAGCUGAAGAUUUAUACAAGCACUUCAAGAUCACACCUGAACACGUUGUUGAAAAGGCUGAAUCUGUCAUCAAGCACUUUGAAAAGCUUGGUUAUGUCCCUGAAGUCAAUGCCCAACUUUAA